AUGGUGCAUGACUAUCACAGUGGAGCCCACAACAACACCAGAACCCACGGCAACACAGGAAACCACAACAACACCAGAACCUACGACAACACCAGAACCCACAACAACACCAGAACCCACGGCAACACAGGAAACCACAACAACACCGGAACCCACAACAACACCGGAACCCACAACAACACCAGAGCCAACGACAGCACCGGAACUUACGACAAUACCAGAGCCAACAACAACACCAGAACCCACGGCAACACAGGAAACCACAACACCAGAGCCAACGACAACACCAGGACCCACGACAACACCAGAACCCACAACAACACCAGAACCCACGGCAACACAGGAAACCACAGCAACACGGGAACCCACAACAACACCAGAGCCAACGACAGCACCGGAACCACGACAACACCAGAACCAACAACAACACCAGAACCCACGACAACACCAGAACCCACAACAACACCAGAACCCACGGCAACACAGGAAACCACAACAACACCGGAACCCACAACAACACCAGAGCCAACGACAGCACCGGAACCCACAACAACACCAGAACCCACGGCAACACAGGAAGCUAGGACAGCACCGGAACUCACAACAACACCAGAACCCACGGCAACACAGGAAGCUACAACAACACCGGAACCCACAACAACACCAGAGCUAACGACAACACCAGAACCCACGACAACACCAGAACCAACAACAACACCAGAACCCACAACAUCACCAGGACUCACAACAACACCAGGAUCCACAACAACACCAGAAUCUAUAACAGCCCCGAAUCCAACGACAACCUUAGAAUCAGCAACACGUGUACAAACGACGACACACUUUCUUACAACACUACAACCCACAACAACACGAGAACCAAAAACGACAAUGCGAUCCACAACUACCUCUGUUCCAACAACAAUCCAACCUACAACACCAAAGUCCGCAACAUCACCAAAACCUACAACAACACUAAAACCCACAGCAACAUCAGGACCCACGACAAGCCCAAAUCUAAUAAUAACACCAAAUACUACAACGACUCCUGGACUCACAGCAGGAGAACCCACAACGCUUACAUCCAGAACCGAAACUGUUACAACGCCGCUUGUUCCAGCUCCGUCCAGCACUGCAAUUAUGGUUUCCUCAUCGCCAACAUCAACAAGCAUUCCAAAUGAUACAGUCAAUGAGCUAACUCCCGAGGAAAAAGCAGGAAUUGGUCUUGCAGUGGUAGCUGUUGUCGUGUUUGCGAUGAUAUAUACGGGACUUGGAGCAAUGUUUUUGGUGUCAAAAUUCGCUUCGCCCCCUGCACCAAUUUCACCCAACGAGACAUCGCAGAACUUUACAAGACUUCCUCUGGAUUUUCAACGGGGCAACGGACCUGGCCAGAAUUUGCUAUGGAGGCCGGAUAAUUUCGCCUGACGUGGGUUUAAAAAUUAAUUCAUAAUGCAUUGUUUGUAAUUCUAUUUUGUCUCUCAAAAACAUCAGUUUCUAAAGUCUUGUACGAAUUUUGCUAAGACUGGCCAACAGCACGUUGACCGCAGAACAGUUAAGUUAAUAACGAACAAAAUGUGCUAUUUUAUCACAAGGAGUGAUCACGAGAUCUUAUAAAAUACCUUUUUGUAUAUACUCCGUAUUCAAAACGAUUCAAAUAAAAUAUAAAGUCUUAUAAACAACUUGGCUAUUUAUUCCCGAAAUAAGUCCAGAAGAAAGCGUUUGAUAAGGGCAAUGACUGCACUUCGGGAACACAGCCUAAUACAAGCAACUGCACAAGCAUUAAAUUUGAUGGUGUCAGAUCUUACGAGGCACCAACGAUGACAUGAAUAUUCAAUUUCCUAUACUUCAAUACUCCGAGUUUUGGCGACGACCAUGAGGUACAAAGGGGGCUUAUGUUUGUGAAGCAGGUGGUGGCGUAGCAAGCACUCGCUGCGCUCUGGCUAUGGACAUACCGGGCAUGCCAGAAAGCGGUAAUUGGCCAGAUGUUACAGCCCGGCAGUUCAAACUCUUUCGCCCCUCAUCCAUGGUCCAAUCAGCGUGUGUAAGCUAAUUUUGCGUUGAAUCGUUCACGGAAAGGCGGGGAAGUGAACAAAAAUAUGUAAGUGAUCGACUCUUGAAUACUGGAGACGUUUUAGAGACUAAUCCGGUGCAUGGUUAACAGUGACUUUGUGGGCUUCGUGUGCGUUCCUUUACGCAUUAUGGGAACCAACGUGGUGCGGCAAGAUCGUACCCGUGAGAAUGAGGCUGACAUCACGCCUAUUGGUACACGCGUAUUAAAUACUUCUUCUGGACUGGUCCCCGGUCAUAUUACUGUAUGACGUCUAUUGACUACGUACGGGACGGGAACCAUUCUAACACGUCUUCAACAAAUAGGGCACAAUCAUCACCAAAAUUUGUGGACAUUACGGACGCCCUAAUACGUUAGUGUUAGUGCCGUCCACCAUAGUGUGGCGUUGCUACAAUAAUUGCACCUCGUCGAAUUGGGCUGAGCUAAAUAGUUUUAUGGCAGUUCUCCUUGAAUUAAUCUUGUUUUGAAAUAUUUUAUGGAUAUAUUAAUCUCCUAAUCAGUAAACCAGAUCAGUUUCCUCUCUCUAGAAGUAACAAUGUAUCAACACAGGAAUUCAUGUCAGCGUGAAUUCAUAUUUACCUGACUUGAAAGCUUCCAUCAACUCUCUAUCUAUGAUCAGACAAGUUUCCUUUCGAUUGACCACAAACUUCAGUGCAACUUGAUAUAGAGCACGAGUUGACAAAAUGUAAUCGCUGAGAACAGCCUACUUGUUAACAAAUGGUUGCUUGUCAAACUUGGGCCCUCGAUGCAGGCUACCACAAGACAUAUUGAUGCAUGGGUGUUGGUUUUUGUUCACAGCCCCAUUAUAACAGUGCAUGGAAACAAAAGCUCACCUUUCCUUACGAAAUUGAUUCAUGGAGGGGUUAAACAAAGAUAAGUUUUUGACAAAUAACUUCAACAGGAUGACUGACGGGAGGCACGCUAUAUUGUCUGUCUGAAUACUUACUUUUUAUCAAAUUUACAUAAAAUGCUGUCAUUUUAGACAUUUGUACACCACACACUGGUUUUGACUUCUGGUUAAUGGUUGUAGAAACUUAGAGUGGGUAUUUCAGUGUUCUUUAAUCUUAAAUAUAUGCUAUAUUUUGUAUAAAAUAUAUGAUUUAUUCUGUGUAGUAAAGUUGCAAUAUGUUAUUCAAAAUAUCAGAUUCCCAAAGGCCCGUUCACCGAUGCGCAUGCUUUAAGGUAAUACAUCCCUGAGUGGGACCCAGGUGCAGAAUAUGUUAAAUAAUGACACGAAUGAUGAAAUAAAAUUAUACCAGUAUAUGUUCAAGA